AUGAGCAACGCACCGGCCGGCUUUGGCCUGACCUUUGCCAAGCGCAAACCGCUGACGGCAGCACAGCGCGCGGAAAAGUUUAAUAGCUUGCGAUCCAACGAAGUGGCCAGCGUCUUUGGCCAUGAUGACAGUGACGAUGAGCAGCAGGAUCAAGAGGCCCAGCGCGACGUGGAAAAGGCUCUUGAGGAGGAUGACACUAUCUUUGACUACGAUGAGGUCUACGACUCGAUGAAUCAGGAACGCAUGCGCAAUGAUCCGCGUUUUGAACGCUUCAAAGAGAAGAAGGAAAAGCCCAAGGCCAAGUACAUCAAUGCACUCAUGAAGAGUGCUGCUGAGCGCAAGAUGGUGGAUGAGUUGCGGCGAGAGCGAGUAGCACAGAAGGAACGCGACCAGGAGGAUGGCGAAUUUGCAGACAAGGAGGAGUUUGUUACCGAGGCCUUUAAGAAGAAGCUCUUGGAACUGCGCGAGUUUGAGGCACGCGAGAAAGCCGAAGAAGAAGCUGAGGCUCGAAAUGCCGUUACGAAGAAGGGCGACCUAAACAGUUUUUAUCGCACCGUCUUGGCACAAAACGAUGCUACAACGUCGGCCGUGAGCAAAGCUGCUUCAGAUAAGCUUGACGCGAGCGCUCGUGCUGAUCGCGACGCUGCAGAUAAGGCAGCUCAAGCUCAGACUGCUGAGCAGGCUGAAGCAUAUGAACAACGCCGUGCCCAGCGUGACCAGCUCAAAUCGCGCCGCGAGCGCAUUCAACGACAAACGGAGCAAAUGCGGGCCGAGACAGCCAAGCGAGACCAGACACAACGCGAGGAGGAGGCUGCCAUGAGUGAAGAGUUGAAGGCCAAGUAUGCUCGCCAGACUUCCGAGGAUCAGGUGGAUGAAGCUCGGGCUCGAGCUUUGGCUCGCCGGCGGCAGCGCAAACGCCCGGAGCGCAUGGAGGAUUGA